ACUGGCCGCGCUGGCCGGCCGGCGACAGACGCCGCUCGGGGCCGCUAAUCGUCAGUCCCGCUCGAUCAUUCUCCUCCACUCGUUAUCUCUCGCGUUCGCUAUACUCGUCACGCGUUUUCGUUAUGCUCAGCAGGUACUCAGGUUCUCAGGUAUCCGAGGAUCGCGAUAUUUUGGUGACGCGGCGGUAAAAUCGCGCGAUCGACCAACGCCCUCGUCAUAUAUUGUUAUCCGUCCGGCGGGGAAUGGAGACGCGCGUUUUCUUCCGCGAGUGCCCGCUAGUUAUUAAUUAAUUCUCUCGCGUAGGAUCCUCGUAUGCCGGAUCGCCGAGUUAUCGAAUCUUUUAGCAUCAGGUGGGCGGUAAAAAGGAUUUGAGCGACGGUACCGGGCAGCAGCAGGAGGGAAAAAGAGGCAUAACCGCGCAUAAGGUUAUGGAGUCGCGGGAGCUCGAUCCGAUGAUAGGAGGGAAGGAUGAGACGCCGCCGGAGCGGGCCGAGUUGCUUCAACAUUUGCGUUCGUGCGAGAAUCGAGAGUUCGAGAGGCUCGCGAGACGCGCACUCGAACGAAUAACCGAGAGCGACGUUGAUUUCGUCUAUCCCUAUCCUAUGGAGAAGACGCUAUUGGACGUCGCGUGCUGCGAGGGACGCGAGAGCCUCGUCGAGAGCCUUCUCGGAUUUGGCGCCGAUCCGAAUAAAAUAAACGAGGCUCAUAACCGAACACCCCUGCACUUUGCCGCGGAAGCUGGGCAUGAUCGUGUAAUCGAGCGGCUGUUGGAACAUCCGAGAAUCGAUCCGAAUAUCCGAGUUGGAGAACAGACCGCGCUUCAUCUGGCCGUUCGGAAUCGGCACGAGGAAUGCGCUCGGCUUAUCCUCGAUAAGGGUCGAGCCGACCCGAAUAUCGUAAAUUCGAAAGGCGUUACGCCGAUUCACAUCGCUGCGAGUACGGGACAACGGGAAAUGGUUCGGCUCUUACUCGCAGCUUCCAAAUAUCCGCUAGAUCUUGAUGGAUUUCGUGAUUUUCGAAAGCUCACGACUCGCGACGUUAUUACCAAUAAGAUGCCCGAUCUCGAGUUACCAGCACCGCCAGCUCCUCUACUCGCCGAACAACUCUACUCGUCGCGGAGCCUCGGUGAGGCGAGAGACAAACGGGAGAUCGAGGAAUUGUUGGAAACUGCUGCUCGAGAAAAUAAUCCAGCAGCGGUGGCGGAACAACUCGCGAGAAAGGAACGCGUCAACGGUAAUGACAGUUUCGGGGAAGCAGCAGCUCGAAUCGCAGUUCAGCUCGGACACCCCGACGUUUUGCAAGAAAUUCUCAAGGUCGAUCCGAGACUCGCGAAUAAGUUGUUGCUUCCAGCGGCCCAGGAGCUUGGUGUUCCCACUUGGCCGAGCGGGCGAAGAGAGAACGGUGACGAUCGAAUCAGAGUAUUCGGACUGGUGAUGGAACGAGCAGGAGAGAUCGAUACGCGUUGCGAAGACGACAAGGGCAACACCGCUCUGCACUAUGCCGCGCGAGCCGAGUCUCCCGAAGCCGUUCGAUGCCUCCUCAGAUCCGGAAGUUACAUCGGUCAUAAAAACAUAUUCGGUGUAUCACCGUUGGCUCAUCUCUCGCCGAGCAAUCUCGCCGAUUUUUUUGACGAGUGCCUCUCCAGCGAGAACGAUCGUACCGACGAGUACGAGAUUGAAUUUGAUUAUCGUUGCCUGAUGCCUUCCCCCUCCGCCUAUAGCGUCCCCUCCGAAAUGGACGCGCUCGGUUUAAUCGCCGAAAAUCGAGGAUUAAAACCUCUUCUCAAGCAUCCUCUCCUCUCAUCCUUUCUUUAUCUAAAAUGGCAUCGAGUCAGAUACGCAUUUUACGCAAAUUUCAUAUUUUUCCUCGUAUUUUAUUUGGUCAUAAAUUCUUACGUAUUGAGCUCGUCGUUUUAUGACGACUACGCGUCGUUGGUGAAAAAUUCAACCAACGGUACGAGAAACAGGCCCGAAACCCCAACAACGACGUACCACUAUCAUCUUCUCGGUUCCCUCGCCCUCGUAGGACUCGUAAUUUUGACUAUUCGGGAGAUCCUUCAAUUUAUUUCAUCGCCGCGACGCUAUUUAACGAGCAUGGAAAACAUUGCCGAGGUUGGCCUGAUAAUCGUCGCGGUAUGGCUGAUGAUUGACCCGAAUCCUCAAAUCGGAGCAAUAGUCGCCCUUCUCUCAGCGUGGCAACUCGUUCUCCUGAUCGGUCAACAUCCGAGGAUGUCGACCGGCAUUGAGAUGUUCAAAACGGUUACGCGAAAUUUCCUUAAAUUUCUCAUUCUCUACGGCUUUCUCAUUCUUGCCUUUGCCCUAGCCUUUUUUACUCUCUUCAAGGACUCGGAGGGGGGUAACGAUAAUAAUUUUCCGGAUCCCGGUCACUCGCUCUUCAAAACUAUAAUAAUGCUAACAGGAGAAUUCGACGCGAACGACAUACCAUUCGUCACUCGUCCCGUUCUCAGUCACUGCAUCUUUGUACUAUUUGUAUUUCUAAUAGCGAUUGUUCUCUUCAAUUUGCUCAACGGUCUCGCUGUCAGCGACACCGCCGAAAUACUCAACAGAUCGGAGCUCGUAUCCCUCGUUUCGCGAGUGAGACUCGUCUCUUACGCCGAAACGGUCGCUUCGGGUCUCGAUCGAUUGGCGAUCGCUCCGCAACUCCCGAGAACCCUCGCCACUCGUGCCGUACGCUUAUUUCCGGAUUAUCUGCCUCGUCCUAAAAUCGCCGUUAAACCAUACAAGUCGAACGAGAUACGGCUUUAUGGUAGGCCCAUUGCCGGCGAUUCAAAAAAAACCUCCCGAUUUUACAUGGAUCCCUCGAUAGUUGGAUACGCGAGACAAGUUUUGAAGAGGCGAGGCCAAAUUACGGAAAACGAGCGAACGAGCGGCGCUCUCGAAGCGAUCCAAAGUAGCCUACAAAGUCUCCGAACGAGCCUCGCUCGAAUUGAACUGGCAAUCAUCGGUACUCGAGUUAACGUUAACGGGGACUCUACCGCUGAGACCGCUGCUACUCGCCGCCUUUCGACAUCCCAAUGAAAUUCCCACAUUUUUCUUCCUAUUCAUUUCCAAAAUUAACAAUAAUUUAAAAAAAAAAUUUUUUAUUAUUAUUAUUAUUAUUAUUAUUACAAUCCGUUAUCGUUACUAUUACAAUCGUUAAACGCACUGCAAUCUGAUUUCAGCCCGAUGCCUCGUUGCGCUCACUUCCGGGUUUUCCCCGACCCCGGUGUCUCAACAUAUCCGUGUAGAACAAAUUAAAAUCCAAUCUGAAAAUGAGAAUGAAAAAUUCGAAAAAAUAAUGUAGGAUAUAGGUAGCUCGGUCAACGAUGCGAUAGAUAAGGAGAAGCCUGCGUGUUCUCACCUGCACAGAACGUUGAGUAAUUUCUCGUUGUUGUUGUCGCAACCCAAAUCGCAAAUCCGAUCUAGAAGACGGAUGAGCACGUCGGUGAAUCUAGAAUCGAGCGUUUCGAUCGUACUCUCGAAGCUUGCCGCCGCCGCCGCCGCCGCCGCCGCCGUCACCGUCGCCGCCGCCACCGUCCCCGUCGUUAUCCCAUCAUUAUUAUUUUUUGUUUUGCUAUUGGUAGUCUCGUGCUGCAUCCCGUUUCGCAGCAUCCGAACAUACGCGUCAAUUAAUAUUACUCUACAACGAGUAUAAGAGCAGGUUGUUGCUCCGUUACAAGCGGAUCUAUAUUAUAUAUAUAUAUAUAUAUAUUCAUUCGUACGAUGCGUUACGAUUUAACAUCGGUCCUACUACUGCUACAACCAUCUUGUUUCGUUCGUAUCGUAUAAGGUAUAACGUGCCAAAUAGGAAAAAAUGUGCGAUGAUAUCGAGCAUGCUCCGGGUGUAGGUAUUACGAGUUUUUGAAAAACCACGAACCGCGGAUGUCGCGUCUACGAUGCAUGUUUUACAAAUUGUCAUAAAUAACAUGCCUAACAAAGAAAAUAAACCAAUUAGAAAAUUAAA